CAAAACACGUGUUGAUGUGAGUUGGAUUGAAGUGAGUUGGAGUGAAGAUAGAUCAUUUUUAUAAGUCAUUGGGACGAGAAAGGGUUAUUUACGUCGAUUCUUGGAUUUACUUCCGGGAGAUUUAGUCACAAUGUAUCGACGUGCAGCUUGCAAUUUUGUGCGCCCCCUUUGGUGUACAAGUCAGAAUAUUGUCAGAAGAUGUGCAACAGAAGCCCCCGUUGUGGUAAGGAAGAAGCGGAGAGUUUUAGCCACAAUUGGGAAGGUUCUCGGUGGCGUGGCUGUAGCAGUGCCAGCAGCUGGGGGAGUGUACUAUGCAUACACUGAUGAUUUGACCAAGAGACAGAUGAGGGUCACAGUCGAGGGAGUUGGAAGAUUCUUCAGGAGUUUGCAUAUUGGCCUGAUGAUCUCCGUGGACUACAAAUGGUCGACUUAUGGCCUGGACGAGGACAGUGAUCUUUAUUCUUCAGCAUUAUCGGCAGCUCACCAGCGAUCAGCUGAGCGAAUUCUCGAUGGUUGUCUCAAGAAUGGUGGAUUGUAUGUAAAGCUGGGCCAGGGGUUAGUGUCCAUGAAUCACAUACUGCCAAAGGAAUAUCUGGAAACAUUAAAGGCUCUGCAAGAUAGGUGUCUCAACCGUAGAUGGGAUGAAAUUGGCACACUCUUUCAAGAAGACUUUGGGUGUUCACAUAAAGAAAUAUUUAGUGAGUUUGAUGAUGAGCCUAUUGCAGCAGCCAGUUUAGCCCAGGUAUUCCGUGCCAAGACACACAGUGGAGAAGAAGUCGCCGUCAAAGUGCAAUACAUUGACCUUCAGGAUCGGUUCUGGGGAGACAUCACCACCAUCGAGCUGCUCCUGGAGAUCAUACAAAUAAUGCAUCCAAAAUUUGCCUUGAAAUGGGUUCUCAAGGACCUGAAAGGUACCUUAGAGCAAGAGCUGGACUUCAUUAAUGAAGGGCACAAUGGGGAGCGCUGUGCUAGAGAACUUUCAAAAUUCAAGUAUGUCCAUGUUCCAAAAGUCCACUGGGAUUGCUGUAGUAAGAGAGUUUUAACAACCGAGUAUAUACACGGCUUCAAGGUUAGUGAUGUAUCGGGUAUGGAGAAGGCCGGAAUAAAUAUCGAAGACGUUGACAAGAAGCUCAUCAAUGCAUUUGCCGAGCAGAUAUUUCACACUGGUUUUGUCCAUGCUGAUCCACAUCCAGGCAAUGUUCUAAUUCGGCCAAGCAAACGGGGCGACGCCGAGAUUGUGAUCCUUGAUCAUGGUUUGUAUCAGUUCCUCCCAACCAGCGUGAGACAGCCACUGUGUCGAUUGUGGAAAGCUAUUGUGGUUGGAGACCAUAAAGACAUGCAAAAGAAUUCAGCAGAACUGGGCGUACGAGGAAAGAGCUUUAAAGAUGGCUACCGCUUCUUCUGUAUGAUGGUUGCUCAGCGGUAUGUAGCACCCUCGGGGUCAGACAAGUUCGAAAAUGAGUUCUUUGGCCAACGAGGACCAAAAACAUUCACUCGGGAGGACUGGAGGAAAUUGUCCAAAGAGGAGAGGGAAUUUAUGAGGAAAAGAAUGGAAGACGCAAGAGAGAAGAUGAGGAAUUCAUUCUCAAACCUUCCAACUGAACUCAUCCUUGUAUUGAGGAACGUGAACACCAUUCGGGCCAUCACAAAGGACCACGGAAAUGUUGUCGACAGGUAUACCCUUAUGGCCCGGUCUGCGACAAGAGGAGCUUUCGUUUCUCCAGAUGCUUCCCUCUCGCAGUGGAUGAGAGGGCACUGGGAACAAUUCUAUUUUGAUUAUAGCUUGAAAAAAGAGGCAGUGAAGAUGUGGGUCUUCAAGAAAGUCUUAUAUGUGUUGUACCUCUUUGGCCGAGUGCCUGACAUGUCUCAGAUAACCAAUGAAUUGUAGUGCUAUGGCAGAAGAUUGUUUACUGUUAGAAGGUAUUGGCAGACAAUGAUCAGAAUGAAUGAUUACAUGCUGUUAAUAAAAAAUGGUUUUGAUUUAUAUCUUUUAUUUAGUUAUUUUAUGAAAUUAUGCAAAAAACAGAAUAUAUAAAAGAUAGUAAUUUAUAACUUCCAAUUUAUUAUGAAGGUCCACACCCAGAUGUACAUUAAGUCAAAAUGUUAUUGUCCCCUAAAUCCAAAAGUAAACUGGUAAAGCUAAAGAUUCAUUAACAAGAUGGAAGAAUGAAACACCGCAAUGACAGAUAUAUUCAUAUUCUCCUUGGUGGAAUGAGUGUAUUUAAAUCCUUGUCAGGCAGAUUAUUUAUACAUUAUUUGAUAUGAUUUUAUGAUUGUUAAAAGUAACGGCUGAUGGAGUCUGAUUUGAGAUUUGCUGGAAGUGCUGACUAUCACUCAGGAUCAGUAGUUGUUUUGUAUAUUUCUGUAGACUCUUCCAAAUGCCUGAAUGGCCUAUUUUUUUGUAUAAUAAAGUUUUAAAUUAAACUGAA